AUGCCUCCAAAAUAUGAACAACAUUAUCGAGAAGAGUGGGAGAAGAUGAGUGAGUUUAAACAAUGGCUUACACGAGCUAAAGAAGAUUCGACCAAAGCUUACUGCAAAUACUGGAUAGGAACUGACAAUGCCAGUUCUAUGACUGGUGUCAACAACGGUGUUCACAGCUUAUUAAAAACUGAAACUGGCAAUGAAAAUCUGGUUUUGGUGCGGUGCCUUUGCCAUUCCCUGCAAUUAGCUAUCACUCAUGCGUCUGAGAAGUCACUUCCGAGAAAUAUUGAGUUUUUAAUCCGAGAAACAUAUAAUUGGUUUAGCCACUCCUCCAACCGACAGUUGUUUUACAAGGAGCUAUACAAGACCAUUAACUGUGGAAAAGAACCAUUGAAAAUAACUCAGGUAUGCAGUACGCGAUGGUUGUCUAUUGAGCCUGCUGUCCGCCGGGUUAUAGAUCAAUGGCUGGAACUAAAAUCGCAUUUCGAAAUUGUCAAACAAAAAGAAAAUUGCUAUAUGGCUGAAAUGCUUUAUUCUAUGUAUAACGAUCCUGUGAAUCAUCUGUAUCUGCUAUAUUUAUUGCCUAUUUUAGAUGAAGUGCAAAGGGUAAAUAAAAAUUUUGAAAGCAACGACCGAGACCCGACUAAACUGCUGAAUGAUUUGGUUGAACUGGUUGAAUCAGUCGCCAGAAGAAUCAUAUUGCCAAUAGCGCAAAUUGAUGUGUUAACAGCUACAAAUCUUGAAAGCUAUCUAGACCCAUCUCCAUACAUGGGCUAUGGUUUCGAACUAAAGCUGACUGAAUAUGAACUUUUACCUGAAGCCGAACGUAAUCUGCGGCACCGCUGUAAGCAGUUUACACUUAAACUUAUACAAGAAAUGCGAUCAAGGUUGCCAACAAAUAUAACAAUACUACGAACAAUGAGUAUGCUUUCUGUACAAGAAACUUUAAAAGCUAUAAAACCACCGAUAAUAAAACUAGCACAAGAGUUCGGCUGCCAGGCCAAUGAAAUAGAACGUAUAGUUGUACAGUGGAGGAAUAUUCGACAUACCGACUGGGAAAAUAAGUGUUCAACUGUCGAAUUUUGGUCGGAGGUUUAUGGAUACAAAGACUCGGCGGAUAAUAAUCCAUUUUCGGAGUUAGCUUCUUUGGCCAUAUCUAUUCUUUCUUUGCCACACUCGAAUGCUGAGAUAGAACGAGUAUUCAGCCAAAUGAAUAUAGUAAAAACAAAGUUAAGAAAUCGUAUGUCACUACAUACACUGAACUCGAUCCUACACAUCAGAUAUGGCCUUAAAAGAUCAGGAAAAUGUUGUCAUUCCUAUAACGUUCCCGAAAAUGUUUUAAAACAGAUUAGAGGGAUUAAAGAGUCGCUUGUAAUGCCAAUGACUAUUGCUAUUGAAGAUGGCCCUUCAACAUCACAAGCACAAGCACACGACGAAGCUGAUAUUGAUGAUCUACAAAUAUUAUUUGAUUUAUAUUGA